AUGACUAAGAAAUCCAAUAAGACCAAUUCUACAAAUCUAAUUUAUCGGCAGCGUAAGUCAGUUAAGGUUGGGGAGAUCUUUCGCUUCAUGGUUACAUAUACACCUCCUCCCGAAUUAAAUCCGGAGCAAUUGCUUAAGAAGUCAUUCCAGUUCAAGGUCAAGAACGUAGAGUUAUUGCCCCUCCGGGCCGCAUAUUUGGCAGGACCGUUUAUAAUUUAUGCUGAUGUUACUUCUUCAGAGUAUGAUCAUAACAAGCAAUGCUUUGUUACUGCCGAACAACCCAAGUAUAACCCCAAUAUUCAACCAGGCCAAAGUUUCGUUAUGAGUUUACCAAUACAUGUUCUAAAAGAAAGAUACGACUGGCACGUAGACAUUAUUAGCCAAGUGAUCUUCUCUACCACAUCAGAAGUUCAUUUUGAGUUUACUAUUGUCGACGAAUCACUUAGUAAACAGCAUUUGAAGCCAUUCGACAAAGACCUGUAUGGAUGUUUUAGUCCAGAUUUUAGUGUUGUGAGCAACGAUACUUUAGACCUUUGGAAUAAGCCAUUAGUGAAAGAUGAUUAUCCUGUGCAUCUGGUAGUGGUCACCCAUGGUCUACAUUCUAAUGCAAGUGCUGACAUGUUUUACUUAAAGGAACUUAUUGAUAGAAAGUCGAAUCUAGCUGGAGAAAAUGUAAUUGUUAAGGGAUAUUUUGGAAACGUAUGCCAAACUGAAAGAGGCGUCAAGUACUUGGGCACAAGACUUGCAGAAGCUAUUAUUAAUGAAAUGUACCGUCCAAAUGUUAACAAAAUAUCGUUCAUUUCACACUCUCUUGGUGGGUUAGUUCAGACAUUUGCUAUUGGAUACAUACAACAUAAUUACCCUAGCUUCUUUCAAAAAGUUGAGCCCAUUAACUUUAUUUCACUAGCUUCCCCAUUUUUGGGUAUUUCAAAUGAAAAUCCAGGCUAUGUUAAAAUGGCGCUGGCCAUGGGAGUUGUAGGUAAAACUGGACAGGAUUUGAGUCUCCAGCAAGCGAAGCCAUUACUGUAUUUAUUACCUACAGGGCCUACACACGUUGCUUUGAAAAGAUUCAAAAACAGAACUUUGUAUGCUAAUGCACUUCACGAUGGUAUUGUACCCUUGAGGACAUCAGCUUUGCUCUUCUUAGACUGGAAAGGCUUAUCCCAAGUAUCUCAAGUUAUUAGGAACGAAAGAAAAUCUCCAAUGAAGCAUCAUAAAGGAAUAGAAGAUAGUCCACCUUCGAACAGUGAUCCAAGCUUGACAAGCGGUAAUUUCGAUAAUGCGACUUCUGUCGGUAAGAUUUCUGAGGAUCCAGCAGACGACUCCACAGGCGAUCAACUCAAGGAGUCCUGGAUGAGUUGUUGUCUGUCGCCUAUACAAACUGCUAUCACUUAUUGCAUACCAACUGCUCAAAUAAAGAAAAAGAAGAGCCGAAAAUAUAGGAGAUAUCAAACCAAGGACGAGGACCAUGAUGAACAAGAUCACGACGAUUUGAACUAUCAGAAUAACAAGGGAGGAAACAGAGAGGACAUUAUAGAUGUUCUUCCUAAAUCUUCUGUAAUAGAGUCAGCUGCAAAAGUUCUGCUUCCUCCGUUACCACCAACAUCCUACAUCGUUGACCCGUCCACUAGAGAGAACGUUAUAAUUCAUGAUCAGAUUUAUCAUGACUCAGAUCUUCCUCCGAGAGAUAAAUUCUCCCCGAAAGACAGAUCGAUCUCAUUUUUGGAAUCUCUCGAUCCACUCGGAAGACAAAAGCAGUUAGAAGAGUUAAUUGCCAGAAAAUGGCAUAAAGGCCUUACGUGGAGAAAAGUUUUGGUCAACUUACUGCCCGAUGCUCACAACAAUAUUAUAGUGCGCAGAAAGUUUGCGAAUGCAUACGGUUGGCAGGUUUUGGACCAUUUGGUAGAGAAUCAUUUUACUGAUCAAAGAACAGAUGGUCAGUGCGAUUCAUCUAAGACUGAUAGUGAGAGCAUUGGUUCUGAAUCAGUAAAAGAUGUAGACUCUUUCAUGAACGGAACAUCGGAUUUGAAAAAGAUCUAUUCGCAGCAGAAGGAAAAGGCAGAAAGAGAUUUUUCAAAGCAGCUUUCAAAAUUUCAAACUGGGAAGUCGAAAAAAAUAGAUUCUCCGAUCAUAUCACGUUACUCAUCUUUUACUGCAAAGGAAUCGGAAAUGAAUGUAAUAACAAAUACAAAACACCAUGGUAGAGCUCUGAUUCCUGAACCUAUCAGCUUUAAAGAGCCAAGCAACCAAGCACGGAUCGAUAAUGAUAUUCUUACCUCUGAUGUAGAUACAGAUGAUGACGGUAACUGGAUGAAUGAAUCCGACGAUGAUAAUAAGGAUGGUCCUUCUGGAAUGCUGAAUAACAUUGGCGAAAUGGUUGAGAAUUUUAAGAAUAUUUACAAUAGCUACGAAUACAAAGAGGAUGAACUAGAGCAGAAUGGCAAAGAAGAAGAAGAUAAACUCUGUACAGGUCAGAAUGUGAUGGGCAGCUUCUAUUAA